GCUUCAAUGAGAUAUAAAUUGUGACUAGUGAACAAAGGCGUACGAUACAGUAGCUUAGAUGAAUGUCUGCGCUAUGUUUGUCUGAAGGGCGGGAGAAUUGCGGUCUUUUUUGCUAUACGGUCGUUUAAACUAUUUGGCUAGAUGAGUGUUAUAUGCAUGCAUCAUUGCUCUUCGCUGCUCCAAAGAACUGUCGACUCUGUCAAUUUACUUCAAGGCCUUUCGAAUCGUGAUGAAUCUGCUAGGCAUGAAGCAGCUGUUACUAUUCAACGUAUAUUUGAUUCGUGGUAUUUUGGCUUUGGUAGCCCCGCUGUCGCUGGUUUCUUAGAGACUGUAGCCAAUGAUACCGGUGGGGCUACUCUUGAUACGUCUAUGCACGGGUUGAUUACGGAGCAGAUCCCAGAUCUUUUAAGAAUACUGCAUACCGCCCCAUCAUCUGAUAUACGGUCUGCUGCUAGAGAUAUCUUGCGUGAUUUAAAGAUUCAGAAGGGGUUCAAAAUUCCGAAUACCGUUACAUCGUCUCCUAGUUUUAUUCAGUCACUGAACAUGGACCACAUGAAAUGCAUGGUUGAUGAACCAAAUGAAGGGGAUCCUUUUUACACUGUAUGUAUCCAUUGUUUCACCUAAAGGUUUUUAUUCAACCGGAUUUUGUUAACCUAUUCUUGUCUUCGGUUCAUGCUACGAUAUGCUGAUUCUUUAAAACCGGUAUAAUUCACUGUUUGGUGUUCUGUUAAACAAGGAAAUAAUCAUUGUGUUUUAAAUUGUCGUAGAAUGGUUGACGUUUGUCGAGGGCACUGUGAUCUCCAAUUUUUCAUUGUAGGGAAAGGGGUCGCUCUUCCUUUUCAUUAUGUGCCAAAAUUUCUACUUAAACGGAGAAAAGUGACUUUUCUCUUACAAUUUUCAAGUGACAUUAUUUGCUAUAUCAGACUCGAACUUUUCAUACCGUUUAGGCGAUUGUUGACACAUAAUUAUUCUAUUCUAAAAUUGCGUGAUAGACGUAUAUCCAUCUUGUGAGCUUCAAAAUUCUGUGAACUAUUCAACUGGACGCGUUUGCCGACUGCUUUAAUAUAUAUUUAUCAAUACCCACUCCUUUUAAUUACAAAUAAUCAUCAACCUCUCCUGUCUGAAAGUUUACUUCACGGAUUAAAUCUCCACUAUCAAGAAGUCAAUGAUGUACAUAUAUCAUACCAGUCAGUCAGUCAGCUACAACGUAGGACCAGGCACAUAUGUGUAUCGGUCCAAGUUGCCAUACCGCAUUAGCACAGUAAGAUGAACAUCGGAUUAAUAGGAGUGGUUAAGUCAAUGGUGGUAAUAUAUAAAAGAAAGAUUGCACUCAAGACCUCUGAUAUAUCAUACCGGUGUAUUUAGAUUAAGAAAACCUGCAAUUUUAAGUUGUUCCCGUAUAGUAUUCAAUAUAUUGGCUACACAUUUUCUAUACUCGCUUUAAUUUCACACUUGCAUAAAUCUGUCACUGAACAACGUUGUACCUGUCUUCCUAAAAUAUAUUAAGUAGCUAUCAUCAACCAUAAUAUACUAAGGGUACUCUCGAUUUAUUUUUUGAAAUAGUUGACAUCAAAUUUGACCAGAGGUUCUUCCUCUAACAAAAUAUUUUGUAGGAGCUUAAAAAUCUUUCAACUUUCCAUUGGGAGCUAAGUGUAACUUAGAUUUCGUGACGAGCUCGCUUAGAUUCAUGCAUCUUAGUAAAUUCAAGGAUGGUAUGGUUUCUCAUGGAAGGUUAUUGGGAGUUAUCAAUUGAGAGGCUCAUUCUGAAAAGACUUAAUUUUAUCAAGGGUGAUUUGUAAAGCAUGAUAUUUGAUCUUUGGUUAAGUAAAGGAGAUGAUCACUACGUCAAUAUUUACUAAGAUCCACUGAAUACAGACUAAAUUGAAAUAUUAAGAAUUGCGUGGUUAACCUUGUGAUAUUUCAUCUAAUCCCACUAGACUUCGUUCAACAUACGUCGUUUGUUGCGCAAUAUGAGACGGUGAAAGUAACAGGUGCACAACUUACCGUACAUGUUAUGUAUUACUAAUUCACGCUUUUGGAAACUUGGAGCAACUAAAAUCUCUGCCUCGUAAUAAUGCUGCAUACUCCUGUCUAUAUUUUCUUUCUUCGUAUGAAAUUCGGUACUUCAGCUUGUAUUUUUGAUGUGGGUUUUCCGUUCAUUCUUAGUUCCAUUACAAUCAAACAAUACAUGCAGCUUCAAACACAUUCCAAGUGUAUUUUAUACGUUUUUUGCAUGCAACCGAUAGCCACCAAAACUGCUGCUUUCGGUUAUGGAGUGUAACGUAUUCUUGGCAAUCUCCACUGUCAGUCUUCUUUCUCAAGCACGUUUCUAGGACUGUUAGAUGCUUUGAUUGUAUACAGUUUAAACCUCUGGUUUCUUAACAAAUAAAGGAGGACACGUAGCUGAAGAUUUGCCUUUUCUAAUUAGUCAAAAGUAAAAAAAAACAAGACUUGGGAAGCUCUACUUUGAAUAAUUGUUGAAUCUAUUUUUGUUGUGGUUUGCUUUUGUGAGAAAUCACUAGUUUAUUGUUCUUACAUAAAUCACUCCAGGUAUCAUAGAGAGUUACACCGUGUUUGUUUUCUUACCUUCUUUGCAGACUUAUAUAUUGUUUCGUGAGUAUUGGUUUCAAUGGGGACGCCUAAAUAACUACAUCAAUGUAAUGGGGUAUCAUCCUGAAUAUCUUGAAUGUUACAUGAAACUAAAGGAUCAUCUUUUUCGUGGUGACUUGCCAUUACCUUAUCCAGAUCGUUACUAUAUAGCCAUUAUUGCAGCUGCACAACAACGGUGUAUUUACCUAGUUCUUUUUUUUGUGCGUCAAUUCAUUAGUUCUGGUGGCCCUUUGUCGUGGUUACAGGGAGUACAGUAUGGGCCCCCAAAGUGGCGCCAAUUAUGUGGAUUAAACAGGGAUCUCUCAGAUCGUCCUUGGAAGAUUACAGCUGUAGGUUUGUCAUUAUAUAUUUGUUCACGGUCAUGCUUCUUAUCUAAGUCUUUAGUUUAAUUUUAAUAAAGACCGUCCCUGCAAAGAAUCACGAAGUCGAGCUUCACUUUUUAGCUCUGGUGUUGUAAUUUUUGGUGAUUCUGUGUCCAGUACUCAUUCACCAUAUGAAUUUUUGUUAUUUUUUGGAGUUAUAUCAAUUUACGAUUUCUAUAAACUUUGGAGGUUAGUUCAAUUCGUAGGUAAUAUCCGUUAUGACAUUAGUUGAACUAUCAUUAAAAAUCAGGGAGAACUGGGGAGUUGUUUCAUCUCAGCAUGGGACUCCUCAUCAUUACGCGUCCCGGGUCUCACAUGGGACCGAAAUCAGGACGUUCUAGUCUCACGGUGAGCGCCUAUCCAUUCGAUUGUGGGUUGGCGUUCAAUGGUGCACGUUUCCAACAGUGUCACAGAGAUUAACAACUGAGAUUGAUGGAAGCUAUUUCACUGACGACGUGUCUGAGAUUUACGGGUCACAACUUCUCACUAGAAAUCCAGAAACUCAUAUAGAUGUAAACCAGUAGUGAGCUUAUUAUUAUGGCUUUUAUGCGGAGGUCUCGUAGAGAUGUUUAAUUUGUAGGUAGUAUUUGUGACAGAUCGACCCCUGUUGGGUUAUCAUCUUCAAAUUCAUUUAAGUGCUCAUAUUCAUGUAGAUUUAUGUUUCAAUCAUGCAAUUUAGGAUAGGUUGGAAAUGUGAAUCAUGUUGCACUUACUUCACUUCCGGGAAUUAUACAUAACUUCAUGAUCUAUGAAGCUCAUUGUGUUGUUCGAAAUUUCGUGAUUUCCUACAUCUACUUUGGUUAAUGGUUUGAUUGAUAACUAAUAAAUUCCCAAUGUCAACCGUUUUUUUAAAGGAGACAGCGUCUCAAUAAAAUAUCGUAAGUUUUCCAUUUGAUUAACAUCAGUACUGGAUAAUCUGUACUGAAUAAAGGUGCGUUGGUCCAAGUUGUCAUACCGCAAUAGCACUACGAGAUCGAAUUAACAAGAUGAAUAGCAAAGGAAUCUUAAUAAUGUGGUAGCAAUGAUAAUGAUAACAACUUAUUAUUGAGAAUAUGGUACGAAAAUGUAUGGUGAGAAAGUAUCUCUAAAGGAAAACUGUAACUCGAGAUGUAGGUGAAGAUAGUGGGCGAGGAGAUUUAAACCAUUUUGUCUGAUUCUAAGCCGUUUCACCAGAACUCUACACCAAUCGCGGUUAUUGCUCAAAUCCUAAUCACGUAGUCUACAUCUAAAAACUUGGCUCAGACCAACUUUCAGUGACUUCAUGCUGUGAUACCUUAUCUUAGUUUAGUUGUCUCUGGCUUUUUUUCCAACUGCCUAUGCUAGCAGUUAUGCUAUUUAUAGUUCGUGUGGUUUACUCAGAAUAAAUGUUACUGAGGCAGCAGACGUUAAUCAGCUUGCCACUUUACACUUAGCGAAGCAGUUUACUUAUAUCGACAACUUUGAUGAUUCUCAUCUCUGUAGUCACUUCUGGUCGAUUCACUUAAGUAGCAAAGUUGCAAACAGAUAGAAUUAAUCAAAUCAGAUACUCGGGUAGCUCAUCUCUUCUCUGUCUAAUUUAAAAGGAACCAACGUAAUGCUGAAUCUAAGUGAAUCCUUGAGACAGGAUUAAAAGUUAGAUAGUUUACUUCCUACCAAAGGAAGCUAACGGCAUAAAUAUCAUCACAAUAAUAUAUGUUUCGGUCACAUUACAUGUCCAACGGAUUUUUCAGUGUCAUAACUGUAAAUGAAACGAAAAUUCUAUUGAAGGUUUUUACAAAGUACAACUUUUUCAUCGGAUAUGUCUACUUUUAGGAUUGUUUGAGUUCAACAUAUAUUCUGAACUUUGCGAAUACAUUUGUGUUUUGUGACUUGAGCAGAGCUCGCACAUAUUAUAUGGAACAUGUGAUGAACAAUUUCUUGUAGACGUGUUGUAUUAAUGCGUCAGUUGGUUGAUGGUUCAAGCUCCUUGAUUAGUAGCUAUGUAGUCCUAACAAAUGUUUCUCAGACCCUCGAGUACAUAAAACAAUUGUACUUGAAUAUUGAUUUGCAUGAACAAUCAUUUUAUUAUUAAUUUCAAUCUGGAAUUAGAAUUAUACCAACUGACGUGAAAUAUAUUUCCAAACUCACUAGGCGUUCUUGUGAUUGGACGUAAGGGUAGGUAAGUUAGUCCAUAGAAAUUUUGAAAUUUCAUUAAUCUGGGAAGUUGCAAUAAAUGUCGCUCAUGAAGUUUCCCCAUUUCUCAUAAAACAAUAUUCAUUAAUGUUAUUGAAAAGCAACUUAUAAAUUAAAUUUCUUUAAUCACAUAACUUCCUACCUAAUAACAGAUAUGUUACAUUUCCCUCUUCCCAGUUCCUAUUUCAAAUACUCGUCAUCCAUUUUACAAAAUCUAUUUUACUAUCUCCAACAACUCUAGUAAUUAUCUAUUAAUCCUUUUCACCCUCUUUAGGAUGACAUUUACAACUUGACUCAUGGAGGGGAUUCGAAUCCAUUAAAAGAAGCAUUAUCAUUGUCUGAAUUAAUGCAUGUUGUAGCUAUCCUGUCUCAUGUUCAUGCUUUAGCUUGUUUCAUAUUUGGUUGUGGGAUUCGUCCUGAAAUUGAUAAUUACGAUGGAUUAAUAAAUCUAAAUGUAGAUAACUGUAAUGAAGCAUACAUAUAUAACAAUCAAACUAGCAAUGGAAGUUUCCAAAAUAAUCUUCAUAGUUCUGAAAAUGGGAGCACAUGUUCCUGUUUAGUUGAGCCAUGGGACGAUCAUACUUCAGAAAACGGAAAUGUAAAUAACCAGGACUCACACAAUGAUGAACCAUCUGAUGUAGAUGGAAAAUUAAAAGCUUCCAAAUUACUGAAAAUCAUCCAGACGGAAGAUUCAAGUUGGGAAGAUGUCGCAGAAGAUAUUGUUGCUGAACAAUUUUUAACCGCUAUCAUAUCUAAUAGUCAAUGUGAGUUGCUUGUCGACCUAUUGAAUGUUAGAUCCAAUCUGUUAUAUUUCACAAUUAAUUUCAUAAUGAUUACAGCCUAUCCUAUUGGCUCAGAACAUCAAAAAUUUAGCAGUCAUGGCAUUCCUUUUUUUUAUUAAUUUCACGAGUAAUUCUUUAAACUCUAAAUUGUCAUUUUUGUAACAACUAAGCCAGCGUAAAUUAUUUUUAUCUACCUAUAAAAAAUGUCAGAGUUAUGUUUCUAAAAAAUGGUUCAAUUUCGUGUUUGAUAGUUAAAUAAAAAACAAAAUAGUAGUUUUAAUGUUAAAUGAAUCUUAGGCGGUUGGUAUUUAACUCAAUUAUCUAUCGGGAUUAACACUCCCCAAUAUCAGGAGCAGGGAAGUAUAAAUCCUCAAAUACUAGGUAGGUAUUUGAGAUCUAAUGAAAUGUAGCGACUGACAAUGUUUUCUAAAUCAUGGUUUAUAAGUUGUCAAUGAUAAUACAACCUUUAGUAUCUUACCUUUGUUGGUUAUUUAUUCAUAGAUGACUGUUUCAUAUUUCUAUUUGUGUAUUUUUAAUUAUGUUUUUUACCGGUUAGUUAUUCUUCUAUCCUGAAACCUGAUGGAAGUAGUGUUAAUUUUAUGCAAACACAAUAUUCACUUUAACGUUUUUGUGAUGUAGCUUUCCAAUCUGUUUAUUUGUAAGAUUAUAAGUUUAACUUUCAGUUCACCAACUAAAGAAUAUAUCCUUCAUCCAAAGACUUUACAAUCAGUUCUAUUUCACACAUUAGAAAUCUGUUUACAAAUUACAGUCAGUCAGAGUUAUUUUGUUUUUCAGUUUAUAUAUCUUCAUGGUCCGUUCACCUUUCGUUUGUCGGAUUCUGUUCUGGUUUAAUAAAUGUAUAUUUCUGAAACCAAAUCGUAAUUUGUAAACUUCAACGGUGGAUUCCAUAUUUUGAGAGAAAAUAAAUUCUUAUGAAUAAUUAAAACUGUUCGUUUAUAUUUUAUAAUCAAUUUACUUUUCAUAGUUAAAAAUGACUUGCAAAAAAUGUAAAGCCGUCUAGUAUUGAUUAUUAAUUUUCAGUGGAUUCUGAAGCUGUCUUCCCAUCAAAUAAUAUGAUGAAGCAUAUUGAAAAACUAUCUUAUCAUCCGCUCAUCUCACGUUUCUUAGAUUCUCCACAGUCUGGUUACAAAAAUUUCGAUGCUCGUCCAUUUCAUGCAACUGUAUGUGCAAUUGAAUCAUUCUAUUGUUUUUAUUAUUUUUACUUUUAUUAUUAAACCUGUCAUGACACAUUUUUUUUUAUAAAAUACAAGUUUGAAAUGGGUUCUCGAGUUAUUACAUUUGAAGAGAAUACAAUUCGACGGAGUUUGUUGCUGGUAGUGCUAAGAGAUUCGAUUAUUCUUUAGGUAGUUCGUGUGUUGAGAUUUCAAUUUGUGGAGGUUUUCUAAUCAAUUAACAUCAGUUAUUUGAAAAACCACUGAAAAACGCGGAACACAGAUUAGCAAUUGUCUUCUUGUUUAAAACUACUUAGUCAUGUGCACUCACUCCUCUCCACUAUCAUCAAAUUGAAAAAUUCUUCACAAACCAUGUUGUUGCUCAUUGCGGAUUAAUCUCAAGUUAGGUUAUUCGAUGCUCUUGUGGAAAUCUUUGACAUGUCCAGUUCAACGAACACAGGUGAAGACAAAUUACAUACGGGAUUUUAUGUUAACUUAUCUAUAAUGCCAGCAAACUGGUACUAGAAUUGUAAAUCACAGGAAUCCGUCCAACCUAGUUAAUCUACAGGUUUUGUUCACGAGAGUCAAGGUUCUAAGAUUGAUCCUGGUUGGUGCCUUGAAUACACAUCCGGUUAGUUUCGAGCAUAGAUGAUAUAAGUGUUUAAUACCCUUUAGUGUUGUGUAGUUUUUCAAUCUGGGAUAAAAAUCAUCUCCAUUUGUUCGCUCCAAAAUCAAGCGAAUAAUAAGGAUCAUUUAACCAUUCAGUUCUUUCCAGAUGGUUCCUACAGUAAUAUCUCUUGACUUGAUCAUUCUAUCGUUUUUCCGGUAAUAUAAUCUAAUCUUCAAGUCCCUUUUUUCUCUUUCCAAAUCUAUUUCACUGGAUUAUACUCCUUGAAUAACAUCUUCAAAUUUUAAUUUUUCUGAUUACUGCUUAUAUUUUUUCUACCUCUACCACUAUGGGAUUUAAAUGGACAAUGGUAUCUCUGUGCUAAUGUGGUAUGGCAACUCAAACUGAUGUACGUAUGUAAGAAGUUCUACGUUGUUGACUGACUGAAUAUAAUGAUUUGAAAUGUCACUUACAAAUGUCUCAUAAACAUCGAUCAUUUAUAAUGAAAAUUUUCGGCGAGAAUAUAAUUUAUGGACGAACCAAUCAGAUAUAAGUUAACGAGUCACGAAUUUGGGCGCAAUAUUCAUCCAUACAUUUGGCUAAAUAGAGUUUUGGCAUUAUGGCUGAUAUCAGUUCUUGAUGAAAACCAUAAAUAUAAUUUUUUUAACACUAACCAUCAACUGUAAAUGAGAAUCCUAACUGCUUUAUAACCCUCAUUUAGUCCUAAUCAGUAGGUCUCCACUCUCAAGGUCACUUCAGCGUUGCUCGAAGGUCGUCCAUAACUUAUAGUCUCAUCAGAUUUUCUUUACAUCAUAUAUUCACUUUAAAAAUACAACCGUUUGAUCAACAAUCAUAAAAAAUGACAUUGAUCAAUUCCUUUUUUGCAAGACUGGGGUUCAAUACUCCUUUUACUGAUUUUAUUUUCUCUCAUACACAUAGAUGAUAGUCUAAAGAAACAGUUUAUUGUUAUGGUUUUUCGCGGUAAAUAAGAUGACUUAUAAUGAUGAUUACAAACGGUGGUCGCAGUAGUAGUAACAGUCAUCUCAGAUAAGGGUACAGUUUUAUUGACGUAUUAUUUUUUGGAAAAAGAUAUGUCUCCAUUAUCAAAUUUCUUAAUAUUUUGUAUAUUGGCUUAGUUUAUAUUUAUUGUAUCUAUUCAUAAUAAGACCAACUAUCUCUUUGCAUCAUUGUUAACCACUGCUUUCAGUUCAUUGUGUGAAAAAAUAAGUGAAUAAAUACUUCAUAUGUCUAGAGGCCGAAUACCUAUGUAAAUAAACGAUAUAUAAAUACUUACUCAAUCGCCGACUUCCCUAUUUACUUUUAAUAUUCAUUGAUUAUUAUCAUUAUUAUUACUAUUAAUAUUAUUAUCCUCACUUUUUUUGUUAAAUUAUGUGGAUGACUGGCAUGCAUCAUUUAUGUGAUUUGAUCCUUUACUAUCAAAAUAGUUCAUCUCAUUCCCCGAUGUAACCAUCAUUUGUGUAGGUGGUUGGGUGUCUAGGUAAAAACUAUUAUUGAGUUCUAAAUGUCUCAGUGAUAAGUAACAUUUUUACGUGUGAGCUUGACUAUGCAAAUGACAGGAACGAAGUCAUUGAAGCAAAAUACCUUGCACUACACCCCUAUUAACUCUUUUACCGCUCCAAAAAUUGUAAAAGCAGAAGAGAAUAGUAGUUUUAUUAUAACUGGUACUAAAGUGGAUAAAGUGAAAAAGGCAUAGGUUUUCAUAUGGGUAUUUUUGAUAACCGCUCACCGAUAACACUGGUCUCUGAACAUCAAACUGAACGCGUAGGGAUUCAAAGUUCACAGUAGUGAUUAAAAACACCAAUUUUUUCAAUGAUUCUGGUCAAACUUUCGGGAAAUAUUACAUAAACUAACAGAAGUCCAGUUGUUUAAAUACACAUGUAUUCGCACUUCAGGUUCUAUGACGUCCAUGUAUAUGUGCUGUGCUCAUUGAUGUAAUACUGUAAACCAGUUUUUUCAAUUACUUUGUAAAUAUGAUUGUUUGAUUAAAUUCAAUUUGAUCCUAUUAUAAUCUUUUUCUCCCUAAACUUCAUAUUCUAGGAGUAUUCAUGGCAAGAAGAAGGAUUACCUCUAGCUGAUCGUCUGUGCACUGAGCUAGGUUCACUUUUGGAUGAGAAAUUCCGAAAUGCUUAUGAUUUGACCUAUAAUACUCUAAACGGGAUUCAAAAUGUCGACACGUCUCUUUAUCGUCGUACAGUUUGGAAUGAAGUGCAAAGUUUUUUCGGUAUAUGUCAUGAUGAUUUUCGUUAUGACCGUGUAAAUCGUUUGUUAACUACUUCACAACGUGCCUAUUUAAAAUUGUGUUCCACUUUCCCAGUUGCAGUUUAUACAAUACAAAAUCUCAAAUUUGAAAAUAUUUUCCCUGCCCUAUCAUCUUCAGAAAUGAUUCAUGUGAUCCUUAUGAUUAUUGAGGCUAGACAACAAGCUUGUUUAUCGUAUAUCCUUCGAGCGGUUUCUCAAUGUCAAGUCAGAAAUAAUUGAAUAUAUAUGUAUACAUAAUGUAUUUCUCCAUUAAUAUUUUCGAACAGGCAGUUACUUCAUAUCUGCGAGUCUAUGCAAAAAUAUUUUGUUUCCUGCCUACAACUCUGAACUAUGGAUAUCGUGUUGAUUGUUCACCUGACAUACAUGGAUUGAAAACAAAGUAUUCAACGUAUUUCAUUCCCCAUUCUUAUUCCACUGAUGCAUUUGCACUCAGAAUACUUUCAUUCGUUUAAGUGAAGUAAUUCCUUCCGUUUUUGGAUAAUUCACUACAUGACAGUUUGUUAACGCCAUCAUUAUUUGUUAUUUAUCUUUCUAUUCGGAUGUUCUCUAUUUUUUUCAGUUCUCAAUUAAUUCACCGUUGUUCCUUUUUCUUCAAGCUUAAAUUAAGAUAUCGGUAGCGUUUUCAGCGUCAAGUAUAUAUUAUUAUAUAUCAUUCUUGUGGUUUGGCCUUUUAUAACCUUUUACUGUGAUUAUUUUAAACAAGACUCUGUGUUUGUGUCUCCUCAUGUAUGCUAGUUCAAUUAAAAAAAGGAAGAUAACAGUUAACAUGCAUACUUGGUUGCAUUGACCAUGUGUUUUUGCAAAAUUAUCCUUCACGUAACUCUGUCAGUUAGGCUCGUAAAAUUGUAUGCUUGUGUCCAUGUUAAAUGGGGAGGGGAACUUACUGUUCAUAGAGUUUUAGAGUAUCUCUCUGUGUUGGUUACUGUCCAUUUACUGUUCAGUACUGAUUGCUAUUUUGUCGACUUUUGGUCACUAUCCUCUCUCAUCGUGAUUUUAUGUUUACAUUCAAAUAAUGUUCUCUUCGUGUAUGGAGAAAGCAACUUCACAGUUUACCAACCUUCGAUUUUUCAAACAAUAAUUUUUAUUUUCCCUACUACUCCCCCAGUUUAUGGUGCAUUAAUUUAAGAAAAGUUUAUUGCUUUUAUUCUCCAGAAUUAUGUUUAAUAUACACAUAUAUAUUUACAUAUUUGUUGUUUAGUUAUGACUAAAUCGCCUGUCCUGAAACUUCUUGACGUCAUUGUUUUCUUAUUUCUCUCUGUAUUUUCCCAUAAUCAUAAUUAUACAUACAUGUAAUUUUAUUGGUCGAGUGUAGAAUUAUUUUUAUUGGAAACAGUUUUUCGUGGUUCCUUUUCUCUCUGUAUUCAAAAACCCGGCUUGUAUAAAUAUAUAUGCGAGCUUUGUUCUGUGACUUGUUUUUCCCCAAAUAUUUUCUCUCUCACUCUCUAUUUUUCUCCCUGUAGUUCUUAUAAUCUCUCUGUUAAUGUUAGUAAUUUACCAUAAAGAAAAAUGAAAGAUGCCAUAAAGAAGGCCCCAGCAAAUAACAAUUAACAGUCACUGGAAACGUCUUGUUUUAUUUUUUAAGUACUUUUGUUUAAAAUCUGAUUUGUUGAUGCAUUUCGUUCGAGCACAAGUUACAAGAACCAUUAUGUUCAUAUAUAUUAGAUUUUUGUGAUUUAAUUUGAGCGUUUUCACACAUGUACACAUAAUCUAUAUGCGAUUGUAAAAUCUUAAUAUGAUAGCAUGUAACUUUAAAGCCACCAGCAGUCGAUAAGGAAUUUUCGAAGUGACAUAGUAAUAUGUACAGUAGCAACAAAAGGUACGGCUUCCUGACCAUGGGUUUAAUAAAAGAAGAUUUUUUAUCAUUUGUUUUAGAGAUAACAAUCACUGAAUAACGGAUUGUAAACAAGAAUCAAAGCUAAAUCGACAAAUAUAUCAUAUUUCACACUUAUUUCCAAAAAUCUAUUCUACAAUGAUUAAUAACCGAAUUUUCGGAGGAGUGAUUGCCCUGUCAUCACUUUAUAAAUUCAGUCACAUUAAUCUAUUAGGCAACCAUCUCAGUGUAUUAUCAAAUGUUCUGCCAUAGUCGCGUAGAUGAUGUUAUUUGAGUGUGUUAAGUAACAGGUGGUCAGCAUCUUUCAUUACAAAGUCUGCUUCAUACUAGCUGUUUUACUUACCAGUCAAAUUCAGUAUGAGGUUGCAGAAUAUGUGUCAAAAAAUACCAUUUAUUCUAAUGUAGCAAACAGCUUGAGUUGCGGAGUGCAUUGAUUAUAAAUAUUCG